AUGAUAGCGGUUGGGAUAUUAGUCCAUGAGUACGAAUCUCCAAAAGCAAACGUCAUGCAACCGAGUGUCAUUCACCCAGUGGGCUAUCAAAAUAUCGUGUUGGGAUAUCCAUGCCGCGUCCCUCUAGGCACCGAGUAUCAAAACCCUUGAUGGGGCUAUUUGAAGAUGCUUCGUCGAAUCAUACCAGGCCUCUUCUCAUCGUCGGCAAGUUGCGGAGCACGGACGAGACCACCAUCGACUUACUUGCCCGAACGAGCAAUUUUCGCAAUGGCUUCCUAGUCAACUCUGUGAGUCCACCUGCCAUGACUCCCACCCCAACUCGCCCGCUUAAGUGCCCGUCCCCGCAGACGUACUCGCUUGGACACCCUUCGUCGGCCUCUCCAGAGGUCGGGACGCGCGUUUCCUCGGCGGAUCCCCUCCCAACUCGCAACCCUCUGGAGCCCCGUUGGGCUUUGCAAGCAUGGGGAGGGGUAGGGGUUGACGGGAAGCCCGGUAUUGUGGCCGUGAGCCGUGGGCUGGUGACGCAAAGCCACACUUGGGACGGGCCGGUAUUCCUUGUUCUCGAGGUUUGAUGGGCGGUGAGUUCUGAGGCUUGGGGAACUGGCGUUGACGUGUAAGCCGCUACCGAGACUGGGUCCUGAUAGCCGUACCCUACGGCCCCUGUGUAGAAUCCGCAGAAUUCCGUGCUCGAUUGUUGGAUAAGUCAACUAGCCCUAUGAAACACGAAUUAGAUGACUUUCAACGGUAUACACCCUGUGAGCGUUAUCUGUAAGUUAUAUCGGAGCUUGCCCUUUGGGGCCGAAUGUCAGUGUCACCAUCACUAACUU